CUCAGAGUGUGGAGCUGCACGUGACCAAGUCCCACACGCACACACGUACACACAUACACAAACGCACACUCUGGGUCUCUACACAUACAGACACGCGCGCACGCCCAUUGCUGCUUCAGUCGCUUUCCACACGUCUUGGUGGAAACAUGGGAGACUUUAUCUCUUACAAUGUUAACCUGUUGUGGUUUCAAGAGUAAGUGAAUCCUCACAAGAAAGAUAUUUAGAGACAGUGAAAUACGUGAUUAUUUUCUUGGUGUUUACUUUUGAUAAGCAACUUGUGUAUGUAUACUUUGAAGCAAUCAGUUUUAUUAAUGCUUUUCCUCAGAAAAGUGAAUGAAAAGGAUUAUUAAUAAAAAUUGGGAAUUUCAUUUUCAACAAAAUACUUACAAUUGCCUUUGCUUUGAAAAGGAUCUAAUGAAACUAUUCCAGUUUGAAAACGUGAUAGUAGAGUAAGUUUCGAAGAAUCCCAGUCAGCUGAAAGAAAAAAUAGACCACACAUUUGGCCAUACCAGUCCCGUGUUGGGGAAUUGCAUAUAGAAGCGUGUCGCGCGACUAAAAGCAGCGUCCGCCAGCGUGUGCCAAGGACCCCGAACCUCGGCCUCGAUGUCCUCGUGACGUGCUCUGUUUGCAAAGUGCACUGGUCUACGCCCAGAGAAAACAAGCAAUACAGAAUAAAGAGCGUGGAUGCUGUGGAAAGUGUGUGUGCCUAAGCAGGAGUGAUAUCCUUUCUGAGACCGCUGCCUAGUUGAGGCAUGGUAGUGUAGUCGCCGAAGUAGUGUUUGGAUGUUUCCGUGUGACGGCUUGACCUCCAGUGGCGGGCAGCGGUUAUCGCUCCCUCCCCGGGCGAGCCUCGGCGCCUUCACUCCCCCCAAGCACUUUGCCCAUCACCAACUAUCUCCUCUUUGGGACCAAGGCUAAACGAACGUCGAACUGAGGACAGCGGCCGCCACCCUCUCUCGCGCCCCCCCUGGUGAUGGCGGCGGCGGUGAAGGAGGAACCUGAGGCCCCAUACAGCCUCUCUCUUCUACUCGGCGAUCGCAACCCCAGGUGCAGACCCAUGACAGCUUCCGCUCUCGGUGGGCCUCCGCCGACGCCCCAGCAUCAGCAGAACAUCCAUCCCCAGACCCCGAAUUCCAUUCAGCAGCAAAACACGCCUCAUCAGCAACAAAAUCAGCAGCAACAACAGAAUCAACAACAGCAGCAACAACAACAACAACAACAACAGCAACAUCAGCAACAACAGCAGCAACAGCAGCAGCAGCAGCAGCAGCAGCAGCAGCAGCAGCAAUUACCAAUGACGGGUGGGCCAUUCGAACGAGUGCCAGCCCAUUCGCCUUCAGCCAUGGCCCCAUCGGAGGCCUCCAAGAGGCAUCCCUCUCCCAAUAAACCUCCAGCUAAUGACCCUCUUUCUCACCGAAUCAUCGAGAAGCGUCGGCGAGAUCGAAUGAACAAUUGCCUGGCUGAUCUCAGUCGACUCAUCCCGACUUACUACCUGAAGAAGGGGCGAGGAAGGAUCGAGAAGACGGAGAUCAUUGAGAUGGCCAUCAAGUACAUGAAACAUCUCCAGGCCCACGCGUGCAAUCAGAUGGAAAACUGUGAGGUGACAACCAAGCAAGAAUGGUCAGGCAAUCAGAUGGAGCAGUUCCACCUGGGCUACCAGGAGUGCAUGUCGGAGACCAUGCAGUUCCUGGUGGAGUCGGAGGGCUUCUUUUCGGGAGACUCGCUGUGCGUCCGGCUCAUGAACCAUCUCACCAAGCACUGCGAAAAGAUCCUCAACAGUGAGGGUUAUGUGAUGCGGCAGAACGGAGCGAGUUCCUCCUCCUCGAGCGGCUACCAUGCUAACAGCUCAUCCACCGGAUCAUCCAGCGACGGCAACGGUAAUAGCUCGAGCCAUGCGUCCGAGAGUAAGGACACUCUUGUCACAG